AUGGAUCAAACCGAGGAAGCUGGACUCGAAGAGCGUUUGAAAUCUGCUCUUUGGCUGGCGAUUGGGAGGAUCGUGGACGAAGAGACUAUCAAGCUCGGGAUCAACGCCACGCCUCAGUUCAUCGGGGCAUUGACAGAGUUGGUCUGGGCUCAGAUAGAAACCGUUAGCCAGGACUUGGAAUCAUUUUCCAAGCAUGCCGGCCGCUCGACGGUCAAUGUCACCGAUGUCAUGCUCCUGGCACGCCGCAACGAGGGCUUAGAGUCCAUUCUCCGCGCGUUCGUUGAGCAGAUGCGCGAUCGAGAAGCCUGA